GGUAUUCUUGAUUAUGCUUAGUGCAAGAAUUCAGGAAGCAAAUUCAUGAGCACGGUUCAUUUUGUGUUAAAUUUCGGCCUCUGAUUAUUACCCAAAUGAAGAAUAUAAAUACAAAAGCAGUGUUAUUCAAAGGUGACAAAAAUGGCUCAACUCGAACGCCCUCAGAGACAUGUCGAAUCUUCGAAAAGUCCUGGCUCCAUUCAAACCAUGGAACAACUCCUCCGAGCAGGAGAAGCCUCAAAGCCAAAGCUGUCACCAAGCAAAUCCUCGUCUUCUUCAGCCUGUUCUUCGCCGUCCUCCCCUUUCUUCCAAAGGUUGAGGCAUCAUGAUUCGGAAGAAGACCAUGGCCAGAAUCAGAAUCACAAUCACAAUCACAAUCAGCAUCAGAAUCAGAAGAAAUCAGUAAUCACCAAAGUAAAGGAAAAGGCUAAGAAGUUACGCCACAGCCUCAGCAAGAAAAGACACGAGGACUGGAGUGCUACUAGUUCCCCUUCGAGUGCUGGACAUGAAGGUGAUGGAGCAGAAGAAGAUGCGGAACAUCAUGGAGUGUAUGAAUCUGAGAUGGCGCAUGAAGGACAUAAAGAAAAUACAAGGCAACAUUCAAAAUUGAGUCCAGUAACCCCGCAGAAGCAUGUUCUGUCAAACAAUGAGAAACUUGGAUUAGAACAAGCUAGAGAAAAAACGCUAAGUCGUUCGCUGUCAAAGAAACUAACACAACCAGCUGCAACAGCAACUACUGCACCGACACUUUCUUGUCCAAGUAAGAUAAUCACCAAAACUUCACCCGAGAAGAAUCAGUCACCAGCAUAUGCUGAAGGAUCAGAAACAGCUCAAUAUAUAACAUCCAAAUUUCACGGCCUCUCAGUUUCCAAGCCAGCAGAGGAUCACAAUUCAUCACCAGCAGCUGUAACAGCUAAUAAACCGUCAUCAUUGACCCUUCGCACUUCACGUACUCCUCCAGCUAAGAUGCCUUCUCAAACAGAUCCAGGCACCCCUCGAACUUCAUCAAAUCCAGUGGGAACUUCACCACCUUCACCACCCGCGUCUGCUCCACCGGGUGCGAGCAAUAACAGUACCCCGUUACAGAUAUGGGAUAAGGGUGUUUCGGUGAAGGAAUAUUUGAUGAACAAAUUUGAGCCAGGAGAAGAUGAGAAAGCUCUCUCGAAAGUGAUAUCUGAAGCAAUGAGUCCUAGAAGAACUCCCGGUGAUGUAGGCGUGAUUGAGAAGGUUAGAGAAGCCGUAACAUCUUUGCUCCGAACUGAGGCACCAACAAAACAUGCAGACACAAACACAAGCACUACUACUCGUACGCCACCCCAAGUCUCAGCAUCUACCAGCACCACCAAUGCACCAUCUAAAAUCUCUGUCUCAGUACCUACUAGCCCUACCCGUGCGCCAUCUCUAAUCCCUGUAACUUUUAACACUCAAGAAGGUAAUUUACUACUAGUUCAUUUCGUAACAUCUGAUUUUUUUCCCUAUAACUAUUUUUGCCUCUAACAUAAGCCAGUGUUUAAUUUGAUCAUUCUAAAUAUGCAGCUGUUCAGGAAGAAAACCAUGACAGGGUUCUUCAGGCAAAUUGAAAGUCCACAUGAUGUUUUUGCUUCAUUUUUGUGUAUGCAUUCAGUUCCUGUUCAACCUUGUAUUUGUAAAAUUAGACUGAAAAUAUAGUCUCCCUUAUAUUUGUAAAAUUUAAUUGUAUGUAAUAAGUUGUGUUUUUUGCGUGUAACGACCUGAACGAUACAUUGUAUAUUUUUAUAACAUUGCAUA